CAGGAAAUGACUUCGCAUUUCAGAGGAAAAGAAACUUAGAGACUCUCUCUCUCUCUGUCUCGCAGUGCAUGAGUUCAGGAAAAUGGCCGAGGCCAGUAUUUCAGUAGAUCAGCUUAUGGACCAGUUCCUCUGUCCAGUUUGUCUGGAUCUACUGAAGGAUCCAGUGGCGAUCCCCUGUGGUCACAGUUUCUGUAAGGUGUGUAUUAAUGACUGCUGGGAUCAGGAUGAUAAGAGCGGAGUUUAUUGCUGUCCUCAGUGCAGAGACACUUUCACUCUAAGGCCUGUUCUACGCAGAAACAACAUGCUGUCUGAAGUGGUGGAGAAACUGAAGAAGACUGAAGUCCAAGCUGCUUCUCCUGCUCACUGUUACGCUGGACCUGGAGAUGUGGAGUGUGAUUUCUGCACCAGGAGAAAACACAAAGCCGUCAGGUCCUGUCUGGUGUGUGUGGCUUCCCUUUGUGAAACUCACUUAAAACCUCAUCUUGAAAUUCCUGCUUUAAAAAAGCACAAGUUAGUCGAAGCUUCUGGAAAUCUACAAGAGAUGAUCUGCUCUCAGCAUGAUGAAGUGUUGAAGAUCUACUGUCGUACUGACCAAAGCUUCAUCUGUUAUCUCUGUACGAUGCAUGAACACAGAGGUCAUGACACAGUCGCAGCUGCAGCGGAAAGAACUGAAAAACAGAGUGAGUUAAAGGAGGAGCAGAUGAAAUCCCAGCAGAGAAUCCAGGAGAAGCAGAAGAAGGUGCAGGAGCUGAAACAGGCUGUGAACACUAUAAAGCGCAGUGCACAGACAGCAGUGGAGGACAGUGAGAGGAUCUUUACUGAGCUGAUCAGCUCCAUGGAGAAAAAGCGCUGGGAGGUGACGGAGCUGAUCAGAGAUCAGGAGAAGGCUGAACUGAGUCGAGCUGAACGACUCCUGGAGCAACUGGAGCAGGAGAUUGCUGAUCUUCAGAGGAGAGUCACUGAGCUGGAGCAGCUUUCACACACACACGAUCACAUCCAUUUCCUCCAGAGUUUCCAGUCUCUCUGUGUCUCUUCUGGACGUGAGGACUCACCCAGCAUCACUGUCAAUCAACAUCUCUCAUUUGAUGGAGUGAGGAAAUCUCUCUCUGAUCUGAAAAAGAGACUCGAGGAAUUCUGCCAGGAGGAAUUCAUCAAAAUCCCUGAACCUGCUGCAGCAGUUCAGAUGAUUUUACCCUCAGAACCAAAGAGCAGAGAAGAUUUUCUGCACUAUUUCUGUGAUCUGACUCUGGAUCCCAACACAGUAAAUUAUUACCUCAUUCUGUCUGAGAAGAACAGAGUGGUGACGCGCAGUGACAGAAAGCAGCCGUACUCUGAUCAUCCAGAGAGAUUUGACUUCUACAAUCAGGUGUUGUGUAAGGAGAGAGUGUGUGGACGCUGUUACUGGGAGGUGGAGUGGAGCAGUGAGGUAUAUGUGGAAAUAUCAGUCUCAUAUAAAGACAUCAGAAGGAAAGGACGGGGUAAAGUGUGUUGCUUUGGACUCUACAGUCAAUCCUGGAGUCUGUGCUGUUCUUCUUCUUCUCUCUCUUUCUGGCACAACAACAUUAAGACUGAUCUCAGAGUUCCAUCCCCCUCCAGAAUAGGAGUGUAUGUGGAUCACAGUGCAGGAACUCUGUCCUUCUACAGCGUCUCUGACACGAUGAAGCUCCUCCACAGAGUCCACACCACAUUCACUCAGACUCUAUACGCUGGGUUCUGGCUGCGUUGUUCUGGAUCAACUGUGAGAUUGUGUGAUCCAAAAUAAAAUAUUAAUGAUUUGUCGUUUUUAAAAUUAAGAUGAACAGCUUUACUUUUAUAUAGAGAGUUUAAGUCCAAUAAAGAUGGAACAUGAGGAAAGUCUUUUACAGACCCUCCAGGAUUUUGCGAUGUUGCGAUUUGCAACUUCAAUGCAAAUUCAACCAAUCCCCGCGAAUUCAGGGCGGGGCUGCAAUUAUAUCCAAUCACCGCAACUUUCCCGCAAAUUUGACAAAUCGUUGGCGUCGUCUUGAGGUGACGUCGACAAACUACCUUCCGCCUUACUUCCGUGUUUCCGUUCAAGAGAAGCAGCAUGUGCGCAGUGUUGCCAGAUUGGGCGGUUUUAAGUGCAUUUUGGUGGAUUUUGAACAUAUUUUGGGCUGGAAAACGUCAGCAACGCUGUGCAAGUCAGUGUUUAUAUAGGCUUAAAUUCUGUUACUGAAAGUGUGUUAUGUUUACAGUGAAGGACUGUGUGCACUUUACUUUUUUUUUUACUUAAUACAAGAAAUUAAUGGAUGCCAACAUUUUUGCCAAAAUGGUAUUUUAUUGUCCAUUGUUUAGGCAGCUUCAGCAUCAUACUGUGAGAUUCUGUUCAAAUUGUUUUUUUUUCUUCUACGAAGCCUGAGCCAUUUAUUUUAUUAGUUUAUAAUUGUUUAAUUUAGUCUUCAGGAGAGACUGCCUGCACACAGUACUAGUAUUAAUAGUUUUUUUUUUCUUACAUGAAAGCUGAGGCAUUUAUAUUAUAUUUUAAGGUAACUUCAUGUUGUGCUGUGAGGUUCUCUGCACUUUAACUUUUGAACCAACAGGUGCAUUUGGAUAAGUAAAGCCUAUUUUUCUGCAUUUUUGUAGUCCUGGUAACCUUUUAUAUUGGUAAAGUUGUUUAUAGGACCAUUUCUCAGUGUCUUGUUUUUUUUUAAUCAAUAGUUUUUCAGUAAUAACUUAAUAUUUAACAUAUCACUCAAUUUUAAUCACAAAAAGAGAAAAUAGCAACAAUUUCUCGCAACUUUCACUUCCUCCCGCAAUGUAAUCGCAACAAAAGCCUAAAAAACACCGCAACUUUCAUCGCAAUUUUUUGGAAAAACCCCCGCAACAUCAGACAUUUUAGCCCGCAACAAUCACAAAAAAGGCCCGCAAAAUCCUGGGGGGACUGCUUUUAGAUUUUCUAAUAUUUAUUUAUAAUAUGAGAUCUUCAUUUCUCUGUCUUUUAGGAGAUUUAAUAUUAUAAUUGUGACCAUUAUAUAAAAAUAAUUAUCAGAACUUAAAAAAAAAAAAUCUGCAUCAUCAUAACUGCUAUAAUUGCUGGCACGUUAUUUUUU